AUGGUUCGGGUCACGGACGAGCUGGCCUUGUCGCAAGACCAGGUCAGUCUCUACUAUACAACAGAUCCAUUCCUGGCGAAUCUGCCAGUGCUCCUCUUCCACGGUCCUUCAAUUACCAGCAACUCGACCCUCAACAGCUCUCGAAUCCAAGUCCACGUCUUCACAGCAGCUGGGUUUCAAAGUUAUCCGCGCAUCACUGUCUCACCGAACUCGCCCUUCUACCAAUCCGUAAACCAUCUGCCGCGCGAGAAGCAAGGAGACGAAAUAUGUCGAGGACUCGCGUUUGGGCUUUUCAAGUAUUUUAAGGAGUUGCCAGAGGUGGUCAAAAGCGGCUUGAUACUUCAAUCAGCGAAUUCUCGAAACAAGAGACCCGGAUCAGCGCAAUCUCUAUUUAGCGAGCAACAUGCAGCAGAUUUGGUGGGCACUAUGGUCAAGGUGGACAAUAUAGGGGAUGUAAUACAGGAUAUUGAAGCAGCUCUGCGCCCUCAAAAUAUUAGCCACGUCGAUAUCGAUCUUGUGCUGCCACCAGGCUCCAUUGCCCCAUUCCAGGAGGAGGAUACCGAGGCACAUAUGGAUGAGGAGGAACUGGAAGACCCGACAUUGAAACAGUAUGGCAUGUAUGCGCCACUGGUCAAGAUGUUGGGCGAGGUAGCGUUCCUUCCGACUUCCAAAUUGCGUCGCGCUCCAUCAAGGCCCACUUCUCGGAACAGGUCCAGAUCGUUUCUAAAGGAUCACAAGAUGUCGUUGCGCCGGGAGAUGGGCGAAUUGGUUGAUACAGAAGAACGAUAUGUCAUCAAGAUGCAUGAGCUAGUCAACCAUAUUGCGGAUGACUUCCGUACGAAAGCGAAGAAUCGACCCUUUGGAAGUUUCAGUCCCUCAGCGGAAGAUCUGCAGAGACUUUUCCCUCGAUCUUUGGAUCGAAUUCUGCAGGUUAAUUCGGCCUUCCUAACGGCUAUUCGGAAGGCCAUGGACGAGUCAGAAGACGACGCUAUGCGAGAUUUGGAGGCACCUGUUUUCAGUUCAACUGGCUCUCGACAUGGUGCAACCGGUCGCUCAAAAGAUCCAACUGGAACCCUUGCCUUUGCAAAAAUACUUCUUGAAUGGUUCCCCCAAUUUUCUGAUUGCUAUCAAGAAUAUAUUCGUGCCAGUCAAGAAUUUCCACAAAUCAUCACAAUGUUCUCGAAACAGCAGUCUAGUUUCUCGCAACGAGUGCAGCAAACAGGAGAGCAGCGCCUCCGAUCCGCUGUGAUUGAGCCAGUCCAGCGUCUACCCCGUUAUAGCCUCUUCAUUGACAAUAUUGUUAAUUAUCUUCCGGUCGGUCACCCGGCCUUACAGUCCAUGCUCAAGGCGAGAGAUAUAAUCACCUCAAUUUGCUCUUUGGAUCCUCCAGCAGCGGAGAAAUCACAGAUCACAAAUCGUUUAAGGAACAUAACGGAUUCAUGGCCCACUUCAUUAUAUCCUCAAGGUAGAUUGAUCACGGCCGUUGAUUUUGUUGAACUCUCGCCUCCAUUUCACGUCGAGCCAUCUGGAACACCAGGAAUCUCAAAAGAGGGCAUCUUUCUCCUUUUUGCAGACUGCAUCGUUAUUUUACGGAAGGCAGCGCAAUGUAACCUCUCAGCUCGAGGUGUUAUGGCCGAAGUCGAUAAGCCAUCCGCUGCUACGAUGAUGGCCUCGGUGACUGCCGGUGCGGGAGGACAAAAGCGUGUCUACGACUUGACAUUUGCCGGUUGGCAUGCGCUAGGUGAUACUCGAUUUACAAUGUCAGAUGAUGCACGCAGCGUCUGGAUGAGCUCUUUGAAAGAGCUGAAGGAUGCUACUGGUCGUGACCGUAACGGGCUGGCCGCAAAUGUCAGGAACUUCGUUCUCCAAGGGAGUUACGAAGGGAAGGCGUUGAAGCUCACCGAAGAAGUUUCUAGAGCAAGGGUAGAGGGGCGGUUCUCGGAGACAGAACGGGAGACAGAUAAAUGGUGUUUGAGAUCCAUCAGGUUCCCUGCGGCCGAAAUCACCCUUCAUACCGCAGUAUUUGAGGAAAGCAUUGACACCCUUAUCGAGGGUCGAAGAGAGCCAGCGCCUAUACGAAUUGUGGUUGACCAUGAGAAAGGAACCAAGGGUGCCCCGGUAGGCCAUUAUGGUGUCGAAAUUGUAGCAAAUGUGUCGGUCCUCGGCGGCGGGUUGAAAUACAGGGUAGAGGUUGAUGGUCUCCACGAUAAGGUUUAUGUAGACGAAGUGGUCGAGGAGCACUUUCUGCCCAUAUUUGCAAAGAGAACUGUCGACUUGCUACGUUCACAAUACAAUUGCAGCAACCCAGCGCUGUCUGUCGCCUUGAUAUCGUUCUACUCAAAGAUCCUUAAGUCAAUUCAUGUAUUCAUCGAAGGGGAUAAAUCAAAAGGAUUCAGGCCACCUUCCCCUGUUAAGAUGUUUUCAAGCUUCUUGACAAGCGGGUUUAGCAGUUCCAUCACAUCGUUCAAGGAUUCUGGGUCAUAUAACCAGAAGCACUCACGAACUCUAACCCUCGGAAACAUCCCCUCUAUGCAAGCCCCGGCAGUCUCAAGAAACAAUAGCAAUAAAUCUACGCAUUCAAUUCAGGAUGUGGAUGGGAAAGGCAGCGUGCGGACCGCGAUGGAUGAUAGUCGACCCGUAAACCCUCUUGUUCGACUAGAGGAAACAUUUACUGGCUACAUUGCUGCAUUGCAGGCCCGGAAGGGCAACAUUAUUGGGAGAACUCUUAGGAGUCGUGGGACUGCUGAUGAAUUAGCCAUCAACGCUAUCUACAACGCAUUCAUCGAAAAUCCCUUUGACCAACGAGCAGCCUCGGAGGUUUCUGUCGAUGUCCUUUUCGUAGCCUUUGAGAAGUAUCUGAGAAUGGCGUGGAAGGAUCAGAUGGGUCAGGUCAUGUCUAUACAAACUUUAGACUCUCUUCAGGAGCGAGCUUUGAAGCUUUUCCGAGGAGAUUUUGCGGACUACGUUCGGAUGGUCUUUGGCGAAAUGGCACCCCAAAAUAGGCGGGCAUUUAUUGCUAUUAUCAAGCUUCUAGCUGACCUUCUUGACGGUUGUGGCAAUGACGGAGACCGCGGUGCUUUGACAGCCGCCUUUGCUGAGUUACUAGUCAUUGAUGGCCAACCUCAUGAUUACAUUAACCUGUUGGAUCGUAUGGUGGAGGAAUCCGAGCGAUUAUUCGAGGAUAUCGGCCCUGGCGCGAUUGGUGAUAACUCGGGAUAUGGUUCGGUUUCUGGCAGUCGAUCAAAUCACUCAGCUACUGGCUCCCUGACGUCGAACGCAUCCUCCCUACGGAAACGAUUCGCCGAUACACUUCUUAGACAGAAUAGCAACAAGGGUGACUCGGAUUCUCGCCCUUCUGUGUGGAGAACACUAAGUAAGACAAGCCGCAAUGCUGCCACUGGAGAAGCGAUCCCUUCUUCAAGUUCAAGCCUCACUAAGGCGUCCCUAAAUCGUUCAAGAUCUAUCGAGUCUCCUGGUAGACGACCACUCUCCCGUGAUAGGCCUACCAUUAUUGGCACCUUCGAUGAUAGGCCUUGUAGUUCACAUGGCCAGCCAUCGAGACUUAGCACUAUUGGCGCUUCCCCUCCGCCAGAGGAGACACAGGAAACAGCUAGAUCAUUGAAAAAGAAGCGGCGGAGUUCCUUGUCUGAUCUAAAAAGCUUGAUGGCAGCUGCAACGUUGGGAGACAGCUCCCCAUUGUCAGCAGCACAUCGCAAAGGACUCAAAUUGAAUACCUCGCCACGUACUACACCUACGAAGAUUCCAGUUGCUGGUGGGGAUCGAAAUCGUUCGCCAAUAUACCGUACUGGAUCUCCAACUCAGAAAGAGAAUACACCGCUGAACUUGACUUCGAGAAAUAUUGGUAGUCUAACAGAGCGACCUCAAAAUAUCAUGUCAACCCCCGACACAGUUGUAGUGAAGGAGCUGUGGCCAGGAAAAGGACAUUCUAAGACGGUGUCUCUUUCAUCGAAUAUCCCCACACUACGUGGAACCCCACGCGAGCGUGCUCCAUCAGUCGCACGGCCAACAACAAGCGGUGGAAGAACAUCCCCUCAAAAACUCCGUCUCCAAAGCCCUCAGAAGUUACGCGAGCGCCUCCACAACGAAGCCAAAGCCAUCCACGAUGCCGAGGCGUCCCUACAAACCGAGCUCUCCAAGAUCGGCGAAGAAAUGGCAAAACUAAACGCUGGCUCUGCCUCUUCAGUCCGGCCCCAAGAUAUCGCAAAGCUCUCCGCAACCAUGUCCAUCCUCGAAUCCAAAAUCCCUGUAAUCGUCAAAGACCUCACCGCCAGAAACGAGACCAUCAAGCAAGACCUCGAGAAGGGCCUACAGGCCUCGGAAUUCAAGGUCAAGGGCCUAGACCAGCUUUACAAGGAGAGUAGCGCGGAGAACGAGCUCCUGUACGAGAAAUUCAACGGCGAGUUAGGGAAGAUUGUCAAGGCGCUGAGGGGUAAGGGGAAGGAGGAUAAAGAGGAGCUGAUUGGCAGGGUUAAGGAGUAUAGUGAGGAGGCGGCCAAGGCUAAGAAGGAGAAUGCGAGGUUGAAGAGGGAGAUUGUGACUUUGAGGACGUUGUUGAAGGGGAAUGAAUGA